AUGUUAUGCCGGGAUCCGGUCCGAGAUGAACCUGUGACAAAACGCCAAUCACCUUCGUCGUCACUGACGACGAUGGCGAAAGACCCGCCUCUGCUGAGCUCACCAGCCCCAUCUUCAACUAUUCAAACAGACGUUACAAUUAGCCAUGUACAACUACGUGACUUGAUUGUUUGUCCUCGCGAGCAGGGCGUAGUCAACUAUGUCCAAGACAAGUCCAUAAAAGAAGUCAAUGUGCGCAAACCGUCCGAGCCCCCACGUACUCUUGUAGAGCUCGCCUUUGUCCCCAAUACCCUUUCUUCCCUGUCGAUCCCUGACACCAACCAAACUUUACUUGCGGCGGGUGGACAAGAUGCCGAAGUUCAUUUAUCAUUGCUCAGGGACUCCAACAACCGCGUUGACUGGCAAUUCAGCACACACCUGGACGGCUCUAUAAACAACUCCAUCUUGCUCACGUCCUUGAGCCUGACCGAUUCCCCCGAGAGCAGCAUCGAGCCACGCAUGGCAGUCAGCAACAACGACCGCUGUGUCAUGUUUUUCGAUGUCCCUAUUCGCGCGCGGCCUGCAGGCAUCGCUCAAGUUGGUUCAGUUCACAUGAACGUGCCAAUUAACCAUUCCUCUAUAUCACCAGAUGGGAGGACAUUGCUUUCUGUUGGAGACUCCUCCAAAAUAUACCUCCAUCGUCUCACCGGCGGUGGCUAUGUUACGGCGACUUCAAUCGCCACGCUCACUUUACCUCCGACUCCGCCAAAUCCCAAUGCUUCUCCUGCACUCGUCGCGUCCUUCUCGACCGCAUUCUCCGCCGAUGGCAGCAAAUAUGCUGUUGCCUCCCAAGAAGGUUUUGUGGCCAUCUGGGAUGUGAGGAGCACCCGUCCCCUCAAAGUGUUCCACACUGAUAAGAGUCGCGGCGGCAAUGCCAGCAUGGCAUGGGACCCACAAGACUGGAGCAACUGGAAGAGCCGAGGGCCUGGCUGGAGCACGAGAGCUGUCAAAUUCGGCGGACGGCCAGAACGCGAGUUGAUGAUGUUUACUGAACACACAUCGCUGGUCCAUGUCGUCGAUGCGCGGACUUUUGAGCGAGAGGAGAUUAUCGAGAUGCCGCGGUUCGAGCCGAUUACGAGGCCGAUGUCUCCGGCCUCUGCAGUAGCAGCCCGAUUCGCCAGUACGCUGGAAGAAACGUUCAGAGUUGCGAUCGCCAGCGAGACAGACGGCGACGAGGAUGUGCUUGUCAUUCCGCCUUUGGGGGACCAUGCUGUUGAGCAGGAGGUCCGGCGAGUGCUGCAGCAACACGGCAUGCGGUCAAGGUCAAGGUCAGGCAGCGAGCUGGAAGCUGACCUCGCCGGAGCGUGUUUUGACCCGUCUGGCGCGAAUAUCUAUGUCGCCAGCGACAUGGGCAUUGCUGAGUGGCAAGUCAGAGGGGCCGACAAGAGGUGGUGGAGUGGGGGAGCCUGGCAACGCUAG